AUGUUAAUAUUUGGUAUUCUUUGCCAUUUAUGCCUUACUGGAACCGUGCUGACAACAUGUCAUCGAUUUUAUGCGAUAGAAACAGAUUUAAGUGAGGUUGAGGUAAAUGAUUUGGUCGGUGGUUUUGGAGGUACAGUCACUGGAAGUCUACCUCAUCAAAAUGUUUACGAAAUCAGCUACUCUGAAUGCAGUGAAUACGAACGACCUUCAUUUGGUUUUUUAAAGCGAUCACGAAGAAGCGAUCAUGAAACAUUUCAGGAAAGCAUUAAAAGUCAUCCCAAGGUUCAAGAAAUUAAACCACUAAAGACCUUAAACGUUCAAAAACGUUUCACUAUAUAUAAUUCCGAAUUCGAUGCAAAAGUAGCUCAAAGUUUAAAAAAGACUCCAUUACCCAAAGAAAUGAUGACUGAGUCGGAUGCUGAAUACAAUCGACAAUACAUCGAAUAUGCCAAAAGAAUUAGACGUGCUGUAAAUGUAAAUGAUCCAGCAGCAUAUUAUGUAUGGCAGUACCUCAAUGAUGGUAAUAGUGUUAGUCCUUUGAUUGGACUUGAUAUUAAUUUAUAUCCAAUAUUCUUGGAGGAUGUCACUGGCAGAGGAACAAGUGUUGUUAUAUUAGAUGAUGGAUUGGAUACAAGUCAUCCCGAUUUACAAGCCAAUUACGAUGAGACGAUAUCUGUUAAUAUGGAUAGACCACAAGAGAAUGGGUUAAGUCCACGUGGACCACGCAAAAUUAUUCCUGAGAAUGAUGGACAUGGGACAAGAUGUGCCGGUCUUGCUGGUGCAGUAAUUAAUAACAGCUUCUGUUCUCACGGUGUUGCACCAAAAACUAAAUUAGGUGGUAUACGCAUGUUAACUGGACCAGUUACAGAUUUUGUAGAAGCUAAAGGUUUAUCGUAUAAAGUUGAAUUAAUCAAUAUAUUUUGUUCAUCAUGGGGACCAUCUGAUGAUGGUAUUACAAUGGAUCUACCACAUAAAUAUGCAAAAGAUUCAUUAAGUCAUGGUUUAGCAAAGGGUCGAAAUGGUUUAGGUUCAAUUUAUAUUUUUGCUUCUGGAAAUGGUGGUUUGUCCGGUGACAGUUGUGGUGCUGAUGGAUUUGUCAGUUCACCGGAUGUAAUUGCUGUUUCAGCAGUAGAUAAUCUUGGUCAAAAAACUAUGUAUUCAGAACCUUGUUCUGCAAUCCGUGUAUCAGUUCCUGUUGGUGGAUCACCUGAAAUGUCUGAUAUGAAUAUUUUGCCUACUACAAUGGAAAAUGAUAAGUGUAUGAAGAGUUUUAUGGGUACUUCAGCAGCUGCUCCAAUGUUUGCAGGAUGUUUAGCAUUGGCACUAGAAGCAAAUCCUAAAUUAACAUGGCGCGAUAUAUCACAUUUAUUACCAUGGAGUUCACGUAUUCCUAAUCCCAAUGAUAAAGGUUGGUUAGUCAAUGGUGCUGGACUAUUUCAUCAUCCAUUUAUUGGAUUUGGAACAAUUGAUUGUUAUCGUCUAGUGAAAUUAGCUAAACAAUGGAAUUUUGUCGGACCAUUAUGUGUUUUAACUUAUAAAAAAGAAGUAUAUAGUGUACCAGACAAUUGGGCUAGUUUACAGGGUAAAAAGAAAACGAAUAAUGUUCAACAUUUAUUUCAAUGUGAUGACCAAUGUUCAGCAGGAAUUAUUCAUCAAAUAUGCACAAAGCUGAAUAUUGUAGAAAAUACUCCAUGUCAGGUAGACAUUGUUGAACAAGCUAUUCUUGAAGUUAAAUGGAAACAUUCCUGUCGUGGAAGUUUAGAGAUACGUUUAAUUAGUCCAUCAAAUACUGACGCAUUAAUAUUAGGUCAACGAAAAUUAGAUACAUAUGCAGGUGAAGGAUCAAUGAUAUUUACGUCAGUGGUACAUUGGGGUGAAAUUGCUGCUGGUUUAUGGAAGUUAAAGAUUCAUGAUCAUGGACAAUGCAAACUAAAACAAUCCACUGAUGAUAAUAAUAAUAAUAUCAAUGGUUUUAUCACAGGUGUUCAGCUAACAAUUCGUGGAACAUCUAAAAACAAUAACGGAUUUACUGUGAAUAAAAAUCUACUAGAACCAUUAUUGACAACAGUUGGUAAAGAAGCUUUGGUCACUCGUUCUGGACAUGAACUACAAACAGAAGAAAUUAAAAAAACAUUUAUAGAACAAAGAGAUUUAUCAUUUUCACUUUCUAAAUCAAUAUUUUACUGGAUAACUAUUGAAAAAGUAGGUACUGGAGAGCAGUUUCGUCCUAGUACGGAUUUCUUCAGAAGUGCUUGCGAGGUCGAAGGUUCUAGGUUCGUUCCCUGGUAG